UAGCUGUUGCAUGUUUCAACUGAGCUCUCUGCCUCGUCAGUCUGACUGUGACUCACUCUGUGGUGUGUUUGGAUUCUCCUGUGAGAAGCAGACGAGGUGAUAAACAUCAGCUUGAGAUCAAUUCAAAGCGGGACCCUGUUACCUGGACAAGCAGAGCUCAAGAGCACCGUCUUCUGGCAGAAAAAAAACGGCAGGAGAAUCUGGGGAUAAACUCUUCCUUAAUUCAAGACAUUGAAUACGAGUCUUUUUUGUUUGCACUGAGGCACAUUCAUCACAGCUCUGCCAAAAGCAUGCCAACAAAAAGGACUUUAUAGCCACCGACUGCGGGCAGAAUAGAAGAAAAGUAUCACAAAUCAUGGAGGCUUGGAGUUCUGCUCAGGCGGGGACUCCCCCGUGUACGCCCGUCCUCCACACUGUCCCCAACGUCUCCUUGCCCAACUACAUGCAGUUCUUCUGGGAGUACCAGGACAACUCAGUGCUCGUGCAGCAUUACAACUACACCGGAAAGCUGCAGAAAGACCGCUACCGCGAGGGACUCAAGCCCGAGAACAUUGCGUUCCUGGUCGUGUGUCUCCUCAUUGUCCUGGAGAACGCUGUGGUUCUCAUCGCUAUUUGGAGGAACAAGAAGUUCCACCUGCCCAUGUAUUACCUUCUGGGCAACCUGACUCUGUCCGAUCUGCUGGCCGGGAUUACAUACAUGGCCAACAUCAUCAUGUCCGGACACAAUACGUUGAGACUGACGCCGUUGCUAUGGUUCCUCAGGGAGGGAGGGGUCUUCAUCACUCUGGCCGCCUCUAUCAUUAGUCUACUGGCCAUUGCAAUUGAACGCCAUGUUACUAUGGUGACCAUGAGGCCCUACCACGGGGCAAAGCGGGGACGGAUGUUGGCCCUGAUUGCUGCCAGUUGGGCCUUGGCAGGGUUUUUGGGGGUUCUCCCGAUUUUGGGGUGGAACUGCAUCCGCAGACUGGACCAGUGUUCGACAGUCCUCCCGCUUUAUGCCAAGAGCUACAUCCUCGGCUGCGUGUCCGUGUUUAGCGCGGUGCUCCUGGCCAUCGUGGUCCUCUACGUCAGGGUGUUCCGCAUCGUGCGCACCAACACGCAGCGGCAGCGGCUGGGCCUGUCGGGCAGCAUGAGGAAGGGCUUGGCGAGGAAGUCGCAGAAGUACAUCGCCCUCCUCAAGACCGUCACCAUCGUGCUAGGGGUCUUCAUCGCCUGCUGGCUGCCCCUCUUCGUCCUGCUCCUCCUGGACUUUUUCUCCCCCACCCGCAGCUGUCCGCUCCUCUACAAGGCAGAUUACUUCCUGGGAGUAGCCAUGGUCAACUCGCUGCUCAACCCAAUCAUCUACACCCUGACCAGCAAGGACAUGAGGAGAGCCAUUCUGCGGCUGCUCUGUCGGCCGUGUCUGAUGACCCGAGAUGGUCAGGUGAAGAAGAUUGGGAUGCCGUUCCUGGAGUGCAGUUUUAGUAAAUCUGAGGUGACAGCCCAGAAGUUGGAGGGUGGAAUGGAGACGACCAUUUCCUCUGGGAACGUUAUCACAAACUCAUCUCCUAUUAAGGCCCUUUAUCCCAAACUCUUCAAGUCAUAAAGACUGAGACCGACUGAUUGAGCCUAAGUUUUACCCCAAGUUUCACGCAACGUGUACCACAUCUUCAGUAAAGAGGAAGCAGUACAGACUCAUGUAUGAGACAUUCUAGAAGCUCAAGGGUUUCUUGUUUGGACAAUGACUCACCUCGCCAAGUCAGACGUGGUGCAGAAUUUCAUUGUGAGAUGGUCUCAAAACAGGAAUGCCACUCAAAUGUGAACAAAUAAGACACACUUUCUUUUACUAAUUUGCACUGAAAUAUUAUAAUGAAUGGAGAAGCAGCCUAGUCUUCAAUUUUGGUUCUACCAAAAGAUGACAUCUGUAAACCCAAAAGACUGUUGUGACUGAAAAAAGUAACAUUUUCUGUGUUAAUGAUGGUUUUCGUAUUGAAGUGCCUUAAAUGCAGCACAAAUACGUCUCACCUACACUUCACAAGUUCGAAGGAUUUGUUGAGAUUAAGUUGUGCGAGGAACCCAACACACAUAUGAUGCAAGGCGACUGAGAGACAACAGGAAAGAGAGAGAACGAUGGCGCUCACUCUAAACUGUCACCACAGACGACCCUCUUAGAUUCAUUGGGGUUUGGUGUUCGUUGUCUUUAAAUGUCAGCCUGGUAUCUGGCGGAAAACUGCAAUAGCAAGCCAAACAACAAAAUCUCAUGUUGUGGGUUUUUUUAGGGUAACGGGGGAUAUAUUUCCAUAGUGACACGCUGAUGCUUUGCUGAUUGUUUAACUGAAAACAAAUCAGCUGCAAAUGCAUUACUUGUACGUCUAAGCCUAAAAAAGUGUUUACUUUAAAGAUUUCAACUCACAAACAAAGUUGCGGAUGUAAUUAAUCCUCAUGUAGCUGCAGGACUUUUAAGGAUAAAUAUUGUGCCUGCACUUGUAAGAUAAAUCUUACACAAGCAGUGCAAUUAUUACAAUACUCCCCAUCACUAUCCAUCAUGUUAGCAGAAUAUUUCCGGUUUUUGUUUAAGAUACAGAUUUUUCAUUAUUACAAAAUUAGUUUGACAUUUUGUUAUUUUAAGAUGUGUUUUUUACAGAAGUCUUUCCGGACCUUAAUGGAUGAAUAAGACAGUGUGCUUUUCUUUUUGUACUGUAACUCCUGUAGUGAACCUUUAGUAUUUCUAAAGCCUUUUAUAUAAUCUGUUUUGUAAAUUAUAUGUAUUUUUUAACAAGAAAGGGUCAGCAAACUUUAACUUUCUUUUCAUAAAAGAAAUAAAUGUUUUCUCAAAGAAUUAAA